GUACCAGGACCACUUUUUGACGCAAAGGAGUCGUUGUUUUCUCCACGCACUAUUUGUUUGCAACUCCCACCAGCACCCCCGCCCCCCCACUCCCACUCCGCCCGUGCGCGCUCGUCCUGCUUAAUGACCCGGCGCGCUCCGCUCCGGCGCAGCGCACUCGGACUCGGGACUCGUCCGGCUUCGCUCGCUGGCUCGUCGUCGGAGGAGGAGAAGAAGAUCCGCCACAGGAGAGCCGAGAGAGAGCGCAGCCCGCAGCCGGAGUUUUGGGGGAUCCUUCCGAUGGAAUGAGCCGCUGCACAACUUUUCCUGCUUCUUUUGGAGAAGUUUUCCAGCCGGUCCGGGCGCCCCCUGAUCAUGUGUACGGAUAAGUGUCGGGUUCGUCCGGGAAUGGAUCAGCACUGACGGAUGGAGCCGGGAUUACACAGCUCUCUGCCAGCCCGUUGAACGCCCCCACACACGGGCCUGUAUAUCUCUAUCUCAAACAAACACCAUCUGCCUGGGGAAUAAAUACUAAAUACUUCCAUGGACGCGGUGCAUAAGUUUUCUUUAUGACACUGCUGUGAGUUUUUUGGGGCCGUCUCUUUUGCAGCCGCAAUAACAAUGGCAAACUCGGGCGCGUUGCCACAGACGCUCUGCAGAUCAGUUUGGCCUCUGUGCUGUUUGCUCCUGGUGUUUGGCUGCUUAUUCUCCGCGGCUUCUCCGACGCACGGCCGACGGCUCAUAUGUUGGCAAGCCAUCAUGAACUGUCAGUCCGAGCCCGAGUGCAAUUACGCGUACAACCACUACAACCUGGCCUGCGGCCCCGUGCUGAGCGGCGAGAGGAAGAAGUGUCCCAGCCACUGCAUCUCCUCGCUCAUCCAGCUCAACCUGACCAAAAACGGCCCGGCCCUGGAGGAGUGCAGCUGCGAGCACGACAAGCUGUGCGCCAAAACCAAGCGGGCCAUCGAGCCGUGCCUGCCCCGCACCACCAGCACGGGCUGCACGGACGCGCGGCACCAGUGCGAGAGGGACCCGCAGUGCAACGGGGCCAUGCAGGACUAUUUGCAACACUGCGGGAAACUUUUCAGCGGGGCGAUCUGCACGAACGCCUGCAGGAACGUGAUCGCCAACAUGCGUAAAAUCCCCAAGGGCCAGCAGCUGGACACUUGCAGUUGCGACGGCACGGAGAGGCCCAUCUGCGAGUACGUGAAGAGCAGCAUGAAGUCGCUGUGCUUCGACCCCCCGGACAGGUACGAGGCCAGCGGAUCCUCCGGCGUGGACGACGAGGACUACACCCUGGAGCCCACGGAGGCGCAGGUGAAGGGCGGCGCGGCCGCUCCCCGCGGGGCCCCCGGGGCCCGCUGGCCCUGCACACUCCUGGCUUCCAUCUUGGCGAUUUUGACCCUCUUUUAAUCAACAGAUACUUUUGUCUUAAUAAAAAAGGCAAUCACUCCCUGACCUGCAGCUGUUGUUCAAGGUUAGAGCCUCAAAGACUGGAGAAAGGGGUGUUUUUACGCACGCAGGCCUGUCUUUCUUUUCUUGUUUUGAACUUUUUUUCUCUUCCAUUGACACCCCUGAGGACUUCAAAUCAGGAUAUAUCUAUGCAAACAUGACCAGAAAGAUGUAAAAGACCCGAACUCUUGCCUUGGGCUGCUCUCAAAUCAAACCACACCACUUCACGGCACUACAGAUUACUUUGCUUAUGAGAUAAGCUAAAUGGGACUUGUUCUCUCACAGACUGAUAAAAGCUGAAUGACAAAAACACAGUUGGCCUUUUUAGGUAAAAAAAAGUUUUUUUUCUUAUCAGUAUAAUCAGCGGUGCACUGCCAGUCUUGUUUCUUUUUUUUUUUUUCUUUUUCAAGCAUGAACUAUUUUUGUAUGACAAGACAGUUGCCAUUUGGCACCAGGAUAUCUGAUUUACAAGUAUUUAACGUUGGACUCAAAGGACUUGUAAAUAGAUUAGGAGAUAAAGUGAAACAAUAAUUUAUUACACACCUCCUAGUUGCACCCAAAUAUAUGUAUAAAGACUGAGAAUUCCAGCUUUAAAGGGAAGUUAUUUUCACUGAAGAUAGUGUAUAUUCAUUGUAUAUAUGUGUAUAGCCAAUAUAGAUUUUUUUUUCUUUCAGAGAAUCCUCUAUGUUUUAGGCUAUGAGAUGAUUUAUUCACAGUGUAAAGUCUAGAUUCAAAAAAAAGAAGAAAAUGUCUAAAUCCACUGUAUUGCCUUAAUGAUAUAUCUUUAUAGGAGGCAUAAAGGAAACUUGAAGAUAAA